AUGGCUGCCAUGAAUGAAGAAUUUGAGUCUUUGCAACAAAAUAAAACGUGGACCUUAGUACCACGUCCUGGUCUCACCAACAUUGUAGGGUCCAAAUGGAUCUAUCGCAUCAAAUACCAUUCAGACGGAACCAUCGAACGCUACAAAGCCAGAUUAGUUGCCCAAGGAUAUACUCAAAUCCCGGGUCUCGACUACUCUCUCACAUUUAGUCCGAUUGUCAAAGCAUCUACAGUGCGAAUUGUCAUUACUCUUUCCAUCUUGAAUAACUGGAAGCUGCAUCAACUAGAUGUUAAAAACGCGUUCUUAAAUGGUAACUUGACUGAGACGGUCUUCAUGGAACAAUCUCUGGGAUUCAUCAACUCUCAGUUUCCAAAUCAUGUGUGCAAAUUAUCCAAGGCAUUAUAUGGCUUAAAGCAGGCACCACGUGCAUGGUUUCAACGCUUAAGCGCCUUUCUUAUUUCUUAUGGUUUUAUAUGUAGCCGUGCAGACACUUCUCUCUUUAUUUUUUUCAAAGACUCAUGCAUUAUGUACUUAUUGGUUUAUGUUGAUGAUCCCAUUCUUACGGGAAAUAAUGAAUCUGUCAUUGCCACCUUUAUCUCUUGUCUGAAUCACGAAUUUGCCAUAAAAGAUAUUGGGGAACUAAAUUACUUCCUCGGUCUUGAAUUUGCUUACAUGGACAACGGUCUCUUCCUUUCACAGACAAAAUAUGCUCGAGACAUUCUCAUCCGUGCUGAGCUUUUGGACUCCAAACCUGUCAGUACACCUUUGGCUCCACAUGCAUCCUUCACAAUGGACGGCCUGCCCUAUUCUGAUCCUACUCUCUAUAGGUCGUUAGUUGGCGCCCUUCAGUACUUAACCAUAACUAGACCGGACUUAUCUUAUGCCGUUAAUCAAGUCUCUCAGUUCCUUCAUGCUCCAACCAUUGACCAUUUCCAAGCUGUUAAGAGAAUACUUCGGUAUGUUAAAGGCACCAUUUCUUUUGGUCUAACUUAUAGCCGUCCUCACAAAGCUUCUGUCGUAGGCUACUCUGAUGCUGAUUGGGCUCGUUGUCUUGAAACACGUCGCUCUACUUAUGGCUAUUCAGUGUUUCUUGGUGGAAAUCUUGUUUCCUGGAGUGCCAAGAAACAGCCAACGGUCUCCAGGUCCAGUUGUGAAUCCGAGUAUAGGGCAAUGGCGAACACAACUGCAGAAAUUGUUUGA